UUAAUGAAAGAUUCAAAAUUCAUUGUCUUUUAGUCUGAGUUAGUUACUUUAAAGUAACAGUUAAAAUGAAAGUGCUCACAUCGGCUUUUCUUUGCAUUCUCUUGUUUCACAGACCAAAGCUCAGUGUAAGUCUUACAGGAUAACUUAACUUCCAAAAAAGAAAAUAAUGAUCAAUGUGUGAUUUAACCACUGAUAGAUAUGAAAUGCCAUAGCGAAAAGAGGGGAGUUGGAAAUUGUAUGACUGUGGAAGAGUGUCCGAUUUAUUAUUCUGGGCAGGCGAACCAAUUUGCCGGUCCGCAGAAGGACCACUUCUUUUCUUUCGAAUGUGAACCGCCUUUGGUGUGCUGCCUUAAUCAAAAAGUAAGCGGCAGGAUUAUUAGUUUGCUACCUCAACCUCCCACCUGCGGUGGCUCCGAUGCCAAGUAUAAAGUUUUUGGUGGAGUGGAGACCGAUCUCGAUGAGUUUCCUUGGUUGGCAAUGUUGGAGUACCAAAAACGGAAUGUAAACUAUCUGACCACCAACUGCGCUGGAUCGCUCAUCAACCACCGGUACGUCCUCACAGCUGCCCAUUGUCUAAAAGGAAGGUAUGUGGAGCGGAUCGGAGAACUUGCCUCUGUGAGAUUGGGUGAGCAUGACACCCGUACCGAUGAGGAUUGCUGGUCGUAUGGGGAGUGCAGUCCAAAAUUUCAGCGGUUGGGUUUUAAGGAGAUCCGGGUACACGAAGGAUCAAGGGAUGUCGGCAGUAGUUUGCACGACAUUGGCUUGAUUCGCCUAGAACGGAAUGUUGUCUAUUCGCACAGCAUUCGACCUAUUUGCCUGCCCUCGACUGUGCCCUCGGCGGUGAGGUUUCCUGGUCGACCACUUACCGUAGCUGGAUGGGGUACAACUUCAUCCCUGGAACGUAGUCCCACCAAGCAAAAAGCGGAGCUUAACUAUGAAAGCACUGAGUGUCGCGGAUUCUGGCAGGCCUACAUCCACCUGGAAUCCACCCAACUAUGUGCCGGUAAGAUUCAGACGGACAGCUGCACAGGAGACUCCGGCGGACCUCUGAUGCAGCUGCGUGAUGGAAUUUGGGUCCAGGAGGGCAUUGUUUCCUUCGGCAUCGGAUGCGCCGUAAAGAAUCGGCCCGGUGUCUACACAGAUGUGGCCGCAUACGACACCUGGAUCAGGCAGAAUGUUGUGGCCAGAGAUGGGGAUUACGUAGAACUCGUGGCGCCCCUCCGCGUAGUACCAAUCAAAUGUACGGCCUUAGAAAAAGAUUCGAAGCAAGCGAGUUCGAUUGAAGACCGCAAUAUACAGUGACAGAUUUGAACAUUAAAAAAAUCGAUGAAAUUCACUGUCUACAGAUUCUUCAAAAAUUUGCUAUAUCAUUUAA